CUGCUUCUUCUUUGGGGUUUAGCUUGGCCUCGUGAUUCCAACGCUCGAUCGCAACGGAGAAAAAACAACGAUCGAUGAUCAGCCACUGACUGCUCAAUUCUCACGUCGGCCACGUUUGGCACUCCUCCUGUCUUCUACUUAGUAUCCAUCGGUUUCCUGGCCGUUGCCGUGCGAUUCCUUCUCAACUCGCUACACACAUUGUUUCAAGAUCCACUGGCUCUAGUGCGCCCCUCCAUCGGGUGCCCCUCUUCUUUGUCCUCAUCCUUUGUACUGUGUACACACUCGGCACUCGACGUCAGACUUUUGCCACCUUCGAUAGCUAUCUUUUUUCCUUCGGCGUCUCUUGUCUAUCACUUUCUAUCUUUGUCGCAUACAUCUCGCACGCCGCUUGUGGAGCAUUCGUCACCCUUACUCAAAAAGAGGAUACUCUAGCUGCCGGCUCUCCAUAUGGCUUACGAUGGCUACCAGAAUAGCUCGAAUCCGUACUCUCAGAUGGGCCAUGUCAACCAGAUAGACCCGAGCGAAUAUCGUCCAACAUCCUAUACUCCACCCUAUCCAUCUCAGUAUGGUUCCGAUCGACUCAAUAUGCCACAGCCCUCGGUGCCCCCAAUGUCGUCGUCCCCGACGAACCAAUACCAUCAUCCGUAUCAGGAUCCGAACAUGUGGCAGCAACAGCAACAGCAGCAGCAGCAGCAGCCACCGCCCCCACCACCAUCACAGCCCCCUCAUACAGGAAGGAUAAACGAUGCUGUGAACUCGGCUUUCAACAAUCAAGCCGAUAACUCCAACUACCUGCCACCGGAAGUUCUGUCGCAAAUAACGGCGACCGUUAUCCAACAACUCAAAGAGACUGGAUUGAACAACCUGCAAGGUGAUCAGCAGUCGUCAUACCCUCCUCCCCGGCCACCGAAGCCUUGGAGUCCCGCUGCAACCAAUUCUGUGCCCAGCGAAGCUCCACCUUCACCGUCCUUGGGCAUGCACAAUCCGUCUCCGACGCCGACACCCAACCCUGGCCAUGAGGGGACCAAUUUUCCGCCGCCGCCGUCCGCGGGCUAUUCGGGUGCUCCUCGCUUCCACAGACCGUCGCCCGUUCCCGUGGAGAGGCGGGAUUCGCCGGCUAGCCAGACCAGCGACCAUAGUCAUCGAAUGGAGUCUCGACCGAAGAUACCACCGAGGGAAGAGGAUGCCACGGUCACUGAGCUGACUACACUGGAAAAGAUAUGGGGAAAGCUAUUCGAGAAUGGAAAACCCACGGAGAGGUUAGGACAGUUUCUGCGCGGGAUCGCUGUUCAUUUGGUAAGCUUUAAAUAACAGCAUUGAGGAACGGUCACUGACUUUGUGCUAGAUUGAAGCAUAUCCUCCAGAA